CGUGACUUAUUAACCCGGAAGUACAUAGUCUGACUGGGUGUGUUGAUGUCAGGACAAAACGCGUGUUUAUUUAUUUUAUUGUGGCUUUCGUUGUUUUGACACCGUAAAGGGGCAAAGCAGAGAGGUCCCUCCUUCGCCGGCGUUGUAAAGUAUGGACAAAGACAAGAGCAGCGAUAAUCAUGCCCAGUGCUCCUGGAUGGAGAUGCACCAGUACAUCAGUGAUCUUCUCUCGUCUGGAAACCAGUCCAAAAACUCGCCAGAUGUGAGAAACGCAGCAUGGGGGACGACGGCUGUUGCUGCUGGUGUUCCUCUCGGACUCAAAGCUUCCUCGCUGCAACCGCUGCAGCCCCUUCAGCCUCUGCAGCCAGUCCAGGAGAGGAGAGAGGCAGCCCCGGGCAGACCGGUCCAUGCUGGGGCAACACACAGGAGGGGAGAGGCCAGAGGCAGAGCAGAAGGUUUGGAUGAGCAUCAUGCCUGCACCUGCCCCGGCUGUCCUUUCUUUAGCUCCUCAUCCUCCUUUGAAACUUUAACACCCCGACAGUCGCUGUCCUCAUCUCUACUAGCUCAAGCUUCAUGCCAGCCCAAAGACCUGAGCAUGAACCUGUGCUCUCCAGACACCACCGGCGCCGCGUCGGAGCAGGAGUCCAGGCCGUCCGACCGACCACAGACCAACGAUGCAGACAGAGGGACCCAGAGCCAGAACCAAAACCUCGACUCUCCCUUAAGACCCUCAGCAGGCUCUUUGGCUCAUCUCUCCAUGUUUCCUUGCUUCUGUUGCCACCGAGGAGUACAAGCCUGCACUCACCUCAUGAAUAGUCAGGAAAGUGCCGACUCUCCCUUUUCCCACACCCACGCCCACCAUCACUUCCAUCACCACCACUGCCCCAUAACGUCGUGCGUUCCCUGCCCUCAGCUGGCCCACUCAACACAGCUGUCUGCUGCCAUUCCCUGCCUGUCCUGCCGAUGCUCGCUUCCCACCUGUCCUCAGGUCUGCCGCCAGCAGCACAGAGAAGGCCAGCAGCAGCAAGAGGAACGAGGAAGACCCCUUCUGUCUCUGCAUCCCUGCAUGCACUGCCCCGCCUCUUUUUCCAGACCCUCUCAGCUGCUGCAGCACCAGCGCUCCGAGCACGCCCAUAAGCAGCCAGGCUUCCUCUGCACGGAGUGCGGCCGAGCCUUCAACUCGCACAGCAAUCUCCGCAUUCACCUGAACGUGCACACCGGCGCCCGGCCCUACUCCUGCACCGACUGCGGGAAGAGUUUCAGCCAGUCAGGAGCUCUGAAGAUCCACAAGAGGAUUCACACAGGUGAAAGACCGUAUUCCUGCGACUUUUGCGGCAGGGGUUUUCCCCAUCUGGCGGGGGUGCGGGCCCACCUGCGGACUCACACAGGGGAGAAGCCCUACAGCUGUAGCCUGUGUGGGAAGUGCUUCACCCAGUCAGGAGCACUUAAGAUCCACACCCGCAUCCACACAGGAGAGAGGCCCUUCGUCUGCAGCCUCUGUGGGAGGGGCUUUUCCAAUCGCUCUGGGAUCCGCUUCCAUUAUCGCACAGUCCACUGCCUGUCAGCUGAACUCGACGGGGAGGCGAGACCCAAACCAACAGGAUGCUCUCCGGGGCGUCCAAGAACUCUGCCUUCGUCCAGCGGUGGACCUGUGACGGUCAGGGCUUCAGCUCCAGAUCCUCUCAGUUCCACAGAACUGAUCCCCACUAACCAUAGCAGGAUCCCAACUAGUGGAAAUGAGAGCAGGUCACCAGCAGAAGGAGCAGGCGGCAGCAGAGAGGAGUUGCCCUAUGCCUGUGAGGAUUGCGGUCUGCGUUUUAAAGACGCCCCGACCAGGAAUCGACAUCAGACCCUGGUGCACUACUCGCACGACGGCCGGGUGGAAGAGGAGAAUCGGGGACAGAGGAGUGAAACCAUUCAGAAUCAAAAUGAAUGAAAGCGCAUUAAUGUUGGUGUUGGUGCCUUGCAAAAGUAUUGACAUUCCUUGAAGUCUUUCCCAAUUUUGCCAAAUUACAACCACAUAAUUCAGUGCUUUUUGGGGGGGAUUUUGUUUUAAACGCCUACCCAAAUUGUUGCAUGAAAAGAAAGUGAAGGUAAAUGGAUCCAUCCAUCCAUUUUCUUAGACCCUUAUCCCAUUGGGGUCGGGAGGGUUGCUGAUGUUAAUUUGAGAGUGUCAGAGUAUUGCAGGUUCGUAAAUUCAUAAUUAAGGCUUUAAAAUGUCUUAAUCUAUCAAAACAAAGCAAGUUGACCUUAAAGACGUAUUGAAUUUUGUCAUGGCAGGACUAUUCAAUCUGGUGUAUUUUAUGUAGUUUUUUUCCCUCGUGGGACUUUGUCAGUCAAUAGCCACGCGCUUUACGUUCUGUGAAUCGAAGCUAAUUAGGCUACUGCUAACAAGCUAAUUGCUUGCUAAUUGCAGCUUGUUAGUGUAAUUUAGCUAACUAGUUGGCUAGCUAACUUUUUUCCUCUAAGUGCACAUUUAUCGGCAGUUCGUCAAGCACCAGAUUGACCUAUUAAGAAUUUUAUUUCAAAAUAAGUUGCUGCUACAGUGUUGAGAAGGAGAGCAGGGACUACAGAUGCCGAAUUACGUAAGAAAGAAGAUGAAAAGGAAUGCAUUUCCUAAAGCGUGCAUAAUGUUCUUUCCACUUCACAAUUAUGUGCUAUUUAGUGUAGGUCGUUCACAUAAACCCCCAAUAAAGCACGUUAAAGGCGUUACCGAGUUCUGCUCUUGACAAAGUAUCAAAAGGUAUGGACACUUUUGCACGGCCCUGUACGGAUAGGGCACAGCAGCGAAAUCUGUCAACUGUUGUGAAGUUGUUUUGUGUUUCGUUCAUUGAUAUGUGCAAGUAAUUUGUCCAUUUUAUUUGAUUUCUUCACAUGGAUCAUUUAGACAACGAGGCAGACUUCACUGACCAGUGAUUAGUGUUAUUGUGUGGCGCCAUCUCUUCCAGUUAGAAAAAAACGUGUUGUUCUUGAUAAGUUUUAAUUGUGCCUUAUUCUGUUGUGAAAGAGGCAGCUUCAACACACAACUUGUAAAAGCCUCAGUGUAAAGGCUAAUUCAAGAAACGGCUGACUUCUUGUUAUUUAGAAGACUGCCAUUUAUAUUCAAAGGAUACAAUUCAAUGUGAUUAGAAAAAGUUCAAUUUUCUGCUUUUUUUUUUUUUAGUAAAUAUUAGAUAUUGUAUUUUUAUACAAAUUACAGAGUUGACGCAGAAGUAUGUCACAUACUGUAUGUAACACACACAUGAAAGGAAAAUAAUCCAAAAUAGUUUGUUUUGUAUACAGUUUUAAUAAUGACAUCCUCUUUUAAUUUAGUUUAGAACUUCUUCCUGCUUCGAGGACAGUGUUUGUGUUGAUGAAAGUCACACUGAAGGUAUGUGAAACUUUUCAUUCCCUCGUCACACUUUCAUGCUGUAUCUUUGUGCCUUUGUUGUGUUACAGCUCCCAAGUACUUUUUAACAUAUUAUUUUUCCAGACACAAGUUACACAAUGUCGUUCAGUAUUAGAAAUCUGAAGCUCACAAGAGCCAUCUAGUGGUUAUAUGUGGUCACAGCUCCAAACCAGUGUACCAUUAAGUGUUUCUUCAAGAGUCUACAAAGCGUUGUGAACAGUACGAGCGAGUAACAAUCAGUCAGUCCACUGUUUUGCUUUAACCUUUUUAAAAGACGGAUGUGUACAUUUCUGUAGAAAGUGCAGCUUGUGAUUGAACAUUUCAUUGGUAGACUCUCUGCGUCUCAGACGCAAUCAAACCUGUAGUUUCUUUGUGCAUUCUAUGGAAUAAAAACUGUACAAGUCCAUAA